AUGGGGCGCCUGACGGAGGCGGCGGCGGCGGGCGGCGGCGCUUCAACGGCGCGCUCGGCCGAGCCCCCUCCCGCUCCCCUGGCCCUCUCGUCCACGUCCCCCGGCUGCGCGGCCACCAUGGCGUCCAGCGAGGAGGACGGCACCAACGGCGGCGCCUCGGAGGCUGGCGAGGAGAGGGAGACCGCGGGCAAGAGGAGGCGCCGGGGCUUGCUGGCCACCGCCUGGCUCACCUUCUACAACAUUGCCAUGACUGCGGGGUGGCUGGUACUAGCUAUUGCCAUGGUACGUUUUUAUAUGGAAAAAGGAACACACAAAGGUUUAUAUAAAAGUAUUCAGAAGACACUUAAAUUUUUCCAGACAUUUGCCUUGCUUGAGAUAGUCCACUGUUUAAUUGGAAUUGUACCUACUUCUGUGCUUGUGGCUGGGGUCCAAGUGAGUUCAAGAAUCUUUAUGGUGUGGCUCGUUACUCACAGUAUAAAACCAAUCCAGAAUGAGGAGAGUGUGGUGCUUUUUCUGGUCGCGUGGACGGUGACAGAGAUCACUCGCUAUUCCUUCUACACGUUCAGUCUUCUCGACCAGUUGCCAUACUUCGUUAAAUGGGCCAGAUAUAAUUUUUUUAUCAUCUUAUAUCCUGUUGGAGUUGCUGGUGAACUUCUUACAAUAUACUCUGCCUUACCAUAUGUGAAGAAAACAGGAAUGCUCUCAAUAAGACUUCCCAAUAAAUACAAUGUCUCUUUUGACUACUAUUAUUUUCUUCUUAUAACCAUGGCCUCGUAUAUACCAUUGUUUCCACAACUCUACUUUCAUAUGUUACGUCAGAGAAGAAAGGUGCUUCACGGAGAGGUGAUUGUCGAAAAGGAUGAUUAAAUGAUCCCUACAACAAGGUGCUUUUUCCAGAAUAACCAGGAUUACUUGAGUCCAAGUUUUAAUAAUAAGAAUAAACAGCUUCAUGAAA